GUUCGAAAAGCUGACGGACUAUGAUUACCGCGGCACGACCUACUACAGCGUGCGAAACCUGUCUCUGUACGAGUGUCAGGGCUGGUGUCGCGAGGAGGACGAGUGUCAGGCAGCGGCGUUCUCGUUCGUCGUAAAUCCUUUGGCGCCGAUGCAGGACACCCUGUGCCAGAUGCAGAACGAGACAGCCGCGACGAAUCCCGCGGCACAGCCGCAGAGAGCGGCGAACAUGUACUACAUGACGAAGCUUCAGAUCAGAUCAGAGAACGUCUGUCUACGGCCGUGGUCCUUCGAACGGGUUCCCAACAAGAUGAUCCGCGGCUUGGACAACGCGCUGAUCUACACGUCGACGAAGGAAGCUUGUCUAGCCGCUUGCCUGAACGAGCACCGUUUCACCUGUCGCUCCGUCGAGUACAAUUACGUAACUCUGCAGUGUCAUCUGAGCGAUUCUGAUCGAAGAACGACCGGCCAGUACGUGCAAUUCGUGGACGCCCAGGGUGUGGAUUACUUCGAGAAUCUCUGUCUGAAAGGAAAAGAGGCUUGCAAAUCCCAGAGAGUGUUCCAGAUACCGAGAAUCGGCGUGACCGACGACAAGGUCGCGCAAUACGCCGGAUUGCAUUAUUACACCGAUAAAGAGCUCCAAGUUCAAAGUGAAUCCGCGUGUAGGUUGGCCUGCGAGAUCGAGAACGAGUUUCUCUGUAGAUCCUUCCUCUAUCGCGGUGCUCCACAGGAAUCCGCUUACAAUUGUCAGCUAUUCCAUCUGGAUCAUUGGACCCUUCCCGACGGUCCCUCGGCGUACCUCAAUGCGGAACGACCGUUGAUCGAUAACGGGGAAAGGGUUGGCACCUAUUUCGAGAACUAUUGUGAAAGUAAGAAACACCUUUCCAAGGGUACAGGCCCUGUGGCGGAUCCCCUGCCAGUUGUGUUCGAGACUACGGAAGAUCCCACCAUAAACAACCUUACGCGGAACGACAUAAACUGCGAUAAAACUGGUACCUGCUACGACGUAUCGGUUGACUGCAAGGAUACGAGGAUUGCUGUUCAAGUUCGUACGAACAAACCGUUCAACGGUAGAAUAUACGCUCUCGGCCGUUCGGAAACCUGUAACAUCGACGUGAUAAACAGCGAUCUGUUCAGGCUCGAUCUGACUAUGAGCGGACAAGACUGUAACACUCAGAGUGUGACUGGAAUCUACUCGAACACGGUCGUCCUCCAGCACCAUUCCGUGGUAAUGACCAAGGCUGAUAAGAUAUACAAAGUGAAGUGCACGUACGACAUGUCCUCGAAGAAUAUUACCUUCGGGAUGAUGCCUAUCCGGGACCCGGAAAUGAUCAGUAUCACCAGCGCUCCAGAAGCCCCUCCGCCAAGGAUUCGUAUCCUCGACAGCAGGUCCAGGGAGGUCGAGACUGUCCGCAUCGGAGACAAGCUAACCUUCAGAAUCGAAAUCCCGGAAGACACUCCCUAUGGAAUCUUCGCAAGAAGCUGCGUCGCCAUGGCAAAGGACUCGAAGAGCACCUUCCAGAUUAUCGACGACGAAGGAUGCCCAGUGGAUCCGUCGAUCUUCCCAAGCUUCACGCCUGACGGAAACGCUCUUCAAUCUGUCUACGAGGCGUUCAGAUUCACCGAGUCGUACGGCGUGAUCUUCCAGUGCAACGUCAAGUACUGUCUGGGACCCUGUGAACCGGCUGUCUGCGAGUGGGGACGUGAAUCGGUAGAAUCGUGGGGCAAGAGGCGUCGAAGAAGCAUCGCGAACGCCACGGAGGAGAAGGCAGAAGACAUGACGUUGUCUCAGGAAAUCUUGGUUCUCGACUUUGGCGACGAGAAGCAGUCGGACUUCUUGAAGAGCGACGCUAGCAUAGACUUCAACGAAGCCGAUAAAACGGUGACUAUAGUGGAGCCGUGUCCAACCAAGACUUCCGUGUUGGUCCUCGGCGUGACGUGCGCUCUCCUGGUCCUCAUCUACAUUUCCACGAUCUUCUGUUACUACAUGAAGAAAUGGUUGUCACCCCGCAAAAUGAUGCCGUGAAAACUUUCCGUCGC